AUACAUUUUGUAUUUCAUUGAACCAAUUAAUGAAAUCAGUUGACUUCUUAAUGAAAUUAUUUUCAAUCAAGCUAAAAGAAAGAAAGUGUUCAAGUGCAUUCUGUACAAGAUUCUCAAAUAAGUAAAAAUUGUUGAGUCUUGUGUUUUGUUGCCAAUAAAGCUUUUACAAGUGAAUGCAAAAGCAUUGCCAGGAAUACAUUUGGUGCUUACUCUGCUUUCCAUCCUUUUUUGAUUUUCAUACAUUGCAAAUCUAUAAUGUGGUUGCUCAAAACAGAGAAGGCCACCUACCCAAUUUUAAUCAAUGAGAAACCAGCACUUGUGAAAUCAGUAUUGGAAAUGCGAAAACAGGAAGAGACCAGUGUGUCAGUGGCAAGCCGAACUGUGGAGCAAAGUUUAGCAAGUUCAUCUCUAACUUUCCCUCAGAGCACACAGUACCUCAUGAACUCGCUCACUAGACUUGCACACAGUAAAUAACUUGGAACUCCAUUUAUCUAUCUGGAAGGGACGAAGAAUUGAACCAGAACUGCUGGGAUUUCAAAUUAUGCUUCCGGGAGUCUAGAUCCAAACUCGGUUGUGGAAUUGCUCAAGAUCUAAGAUCCAUGAAAAGAACAUUUUCUACAUUUGAUUUAUUUGAUUUUAAAAUCAAUGAUUGUGUGGCUGUUGUUGACUCAUCUGCUGUGUUUCUUCACUGAAGUUUAAAGAACAGUGAUCUUCCCCAUAAUAUUUUUGUAACACUAUGACUAACUGUAAAGGAAGAUCUACCACUACCAAAAUAAAUGGUAAUGGUAAAGCUUAUGGUGGAGAAAGUUUUGUAAAUUGGACUAUAAAUCUUAAUACAAUUCAGUCUGACAAGUUUCUGAACCUGCUGUUGAGUAUGGUUCCAAUUGUUUACCACAAAAAGCAGGAAGAUCGACAUAAAGUGAAUGGUGUCUGGCAAGAUGGAUUACAACACACAGGACACAAUUUUAAUGUUAGAUCGGAUCAACACAUGGAGUACCAUCACUUCUCAGAACCAGCUUUUCAUGGUAGUAAUGGACACAGUCCAUCUAGCUGUAGUCCAAAGUAUGAUGACUUUGCCAGUUAUAAUUAUUGUGAUGGGAUGGACACCUCAGAAACAGAUGCCAUAUUGCAGGAUGACAACUUGUCUAGUGAUGGUGAUGAAGAUGCCAUUGUGGAAAGGAGCAGAAAGCAGCCAAAGGAGUCCAGUAGUAUUAUGGCAUUACAGAUACUUGUACCAUUUUUGUUAGCAGGAUUUGGAACUGUUUCUGCUGGUAUGGUUUUGGAUAUUGUGCAGCACUGGGAAGUGUUCAGAAAUGUUACUGAAGUUUUUAUCUUGGUUCCUGCACUACUUGGUCUCAAAGGUAAUUUGGAAAUGACCUUGGCAUCUAGACUAUCAACUGCAGUAAAUGUUGGGAAAAUGGAUUCUCCCAUUGAGAAGUGGAACCUAAUAAUUGGCAAUUUGGCCUUAAAACAGGUCCAGGCGACAGUAGUUGGUUUUCUAGCAGCAGUGGCAGCAGUCACACUGGGCUGGAUUCCAGAGGGCAAAUGUCGCCUUGAUCAUUCAAUCCUUUUGUGUUCUAGCAGUGUAGCAACUGCCUUCAUAGCAUCUCUUCUACAGGGCAUAAUAAUGGUUGGAGUUAUUGUUGGAUCAAAGAAGACGGGCAUAAAUCCUGACAAUGUUGCUACACCUAUUGCAGCGAGUUUUGGAGACCUUAUCACUCUUGCUAUACUAGCUUGGAUAAGUCAGGGUCUUUAUGAUUGCCUUGAGACAUAUUACUAUAUAUCUCCUUUAGUUGGUGCCUUUUUCUUGGCUCUGACUCCUAUGUGGAUUGUAAUAGCUGCCAAACAUCCAGCUACAAGAACUGUUCUCUAUUCAGGGUGGGAGCCUGUUAUAACUGCUAUGCUUAUAAGCAGCAUUGGUGGCCUUAUUCUGGACACAACUGUUUCUGAUCCUAAUUUGGUUGGGAUUGUUGUUUAUACUCCAGUAAUCAAUGGUAUUGGUGGUAAUUUAGUAGCAAUUCAAGCUAGCAGAAUUUCUACCUACCUCCAUUUACACAGCAUUCCUGGAGAGUUGCCAGAAGAAGCAAAGGGUUGCUAUUACCCAUGCAGAACCUAUUAUGGUACAGGAAUAAAUAACAAAUCAGCCCAAGUUCUUCUCCUUUUGGUGAUUCCUGGGCAUUUAAUUUUCGUGUACACCAUCCAUUUAAUGAAAAGUGGUCAUACCUCUUUGACUCCAAUUUUUAUAGCAGUAUAUUUGUUUGCAGCCCUGCUACAGGUGUUUACUUUGUUAUGGAUUGCUGACUGGAUGGUGCACCACUUCUGGAAAAAAGGAAAAGAUCCUGACAGUUUUUCUAUCCCUUACCUUACUGCAUUGGGAGAUCUGCUUGGAACUGCCUUAUUAGCUAUGAGUUUUCACUUCCUGUGGCUCAUUGGUGAUAGAGAUGGGGAUGUUGGAGACUAAUCAUUCAGAUGGACAUAUUAAUUGUUCCCAGUAGAUUCUGAAGAAAAAUAGGAGACAACUGCUUACCAUUCCAGUCGAAGGAUUUCAAAACAAUUGUUCAAUUUAGUAUGGGUAAUUAAGGUGGCACUGAUAUUAAAUUACCUUAAUUUUUUUUUUAAAUGAAAGGUGGAACAGGAAGGAUUUUAUCUGAUUUUUACCCUGGAAGUGAGGACUGUUGUCAGUUGAAAACAUCUGACCAGAUACAAUGAAGUAUAGGCUGAUUGUUUGACAGGUGUUUUGUAUUAGGAAAAAAAAUGGAGCAUUUAAAAAAGGAAAAUCACGGGAUAUCCUUUAAUUGACAAUAAAUGAACAGUGAAGAAAGGAGAUGAAAACAGAUCAGUGGCUUGUCUUGUCUUUUUUGCUCUCACAAAUUGGGUAUGUAUUUCAAAUCACAGUGCAAAAAGGGUUCAUUGAGUCAAAAUAGUUUCCUUCUCAGACACAACUACUUAAUUGAUGAUGUGUCUUUGCCAUUUUUAGGAUUUCUCCAGUUGCCACAAGCUGUAUAUCAAUAAUAAUUAUUAUUUUAAUGAUUUGAGCCCUAAUCCUUCAAACAUUUUGACACAUGCUUAACUUUACGCACAUCAGAGGAACUACUUGCAUAUACUGUUAAGCUCUUCAAGAAGUAUUUGCACGAUUGGGCCUACCACAGGGUAGCAAGAGAAGCAACCUACUUCUUUUGCCCUUGGUACCUAUCUAAAACAAUGGUGUAAGCCAGGGGUUCUCAAACUUCAUUGCACCAUGACCCUCUUCUGACAACAAAAAUUACUACACGACUCUAGGACGGGGGACUGAAGCCUGAGCCCACCUGAGCUGCCCUGGGCGUGGGGGCCAAUUCCAAAGCCUGCUGAGGCCAAAGCUGACGCCCAAAGGCUUCUGCCCCAGGCGGGGGGCCUGUAACCUGAGCCCCGCCACCCAGGGCUGAAGCCGUCAGGCUUGGGCUUUGGUCCUGGCCAGUGGGGCUCAGGCUUUGGCUUUGGCUCCGAGCCCCAGCAAGUCUAAUGCCAGUCCUGGCGACCCCAUUAAAACAGGGUCAUGACCACCUUGGGGUCCCAACCCAGAGUUUGAGAAUCACUGGUGUAAGCAAACACAUUUAGCAUGAUGCUGCACUGAUCUAUAUUAAUGAGGAUAAGCUAGAAUGAAACUAGUUUUCUGUUGAAAAAUGUACUUUUAGUUGGCAACUGGAGAGGCUUCUAGUAUUAAUAUUAAAAGUACUGUCACAACAUUGACAUUUAUUAUGUACUUUAAGAUUGUGUCAUUGUUUCCAUUAUAAUAAUCGGUUUUCAGGUGUUUCAGUUGUAAAUAUUUACCCCGAUCAAAAUUUGGGGUGUAUAAGAUUAUGUUGCUUCUUAGACUUUUUUAAAAUGUAUUUGAACUAUUUGAAAGUUUAUGUAAACUUUUAAAAAUUUAGGGCCAGAGUGUACCAUCCACUUUUAAGCAGAAAUCACCAUUGUUGUUAAUAAGGAUUUUUGUUUAAAAGCUGUGGCAGAAUAUGACCUAUAGAGAAAGAAAUUACUGGCUGAAUGCUUUCUUAUAUUUGUUUAACUCAAAGCUUGAACCAUGAAGUUUGGCAAGUGAUUAGUCUAAUUAAUUUGAAAAAAUAUAUUAAAUUGUACAGAUGAUAUUUUGAAAAUUGGCUACAAUUCAUGCACAGCAAAUGUUUCUAAAAUUUAAAAAUCCUGGUGGACAUCCUAAAUACAUAAUUACAUGAAUCAUUCUGUUAAUUGUGUAAAUACUAGAACCAAAAAUUUCAAAUUUGGAGACCUAAAAUUAAACACCUAAAUCCACAGAGACUCCCAAGUCAGCGUAUUUCCUAAUCCUGCAACCAUUUAUGUAUGUGAUUCUAUGCAUAUGAGCAGUCUAUGGAUUUAAUGGGACUACUCAAAUUCAUGAAGUUACAUUUGUGCAUAAGUUUUUACAGAAUUGAGGCAUUAGACACUUAAAAAGUUGGCCUGACUUGCAAAGAGCUGCUGAGCAUCCUCAUCUCCAUGGAAAAACAGGGUGUUUGCACAUCUAAAAAUAAAGCCAGGUCCUUGGGUGCCUAGACAUGGAUUUCGAUGCCUAACUUUAGGCACCCUCAUUUGAAAUUUUUUACUUGAGCUUUUUUCUUAAAAUUAUGACUACCUAGUUGACAGAUUGGAAAGGAUCAUAAACCUGUUAUGUCUUCUGCUUAUGUGUGGUAAAGAUGAAUAUCACUUUAAUACAAAAUAAAGUUCCCUGACUUUUGAUAGUUUGUAUUAAUGUUGUUUAAAUUAGUUUGUCAUGUAUAUUGUGAGAAAUAUUAUAAAUUGUUUAAAAUGGGAUGGUUAUAAUUCACUUUUUGUUUGACUUCUUUAAAAUGCUAUUUUUAUUCUGUGCUAUAGACCGAGAAAUAAUUACAUAAUUUAAUUCUGGUGGAACUACCUUGUUGAACUACAUUGUCAUGGCAAACUUUUUUAUUGGAGGAAUUACUGGAUUUUAAAAUCCUAAAAAAUGAACUGCAAAGCUCUUUAAACAAUAAAAAAUAGUUUCUUCACUGCAUUGAGAUACCUGAGUGAACAGUACUUAUAUAAUGUAUGUUUGUAUUGUAGUAUUUAUUAUUUGCUGAUGGUAGCACCCAUGAUGUACUAAGAGUUUUCCAGACAAACAAGAAGGAAUGAUCCUUUCCCUGAAGAGUACACAGUCUAGGGAGACACAGAGAAGGUAUGUAUACUUAACAGUCUAGGGAGACAGCCCUGUGCUAAAAACAGUGUAAUGCAGUGUAAGCAUUGCAGCUGGCUCUCAAGUGGUGGGGGUUGGGUGAUGAGGUAGGGUGUAUAGGUCAGAAGCAGUGAAUGGACUUGGCGGGAGGGGAGCUGUGGAAGCAAAGAUGGUGGAAGCAUGAAGGCAAUGAAGAGGGAAACUAGAGGAAUUUGAAGUGGAACUGAGAGAGACAGAGGAAGACUAGGUACAUUGACAGGGGAAUUAGCUCAAGUGGUAGAGUGCAUGCGAGAGGUAGCGGGAUCAAUGCCCGCAUUCUCCAGCAGCAAGGGAGUGACAGUACCUUCUCUUUGAUUUAGUUGGGGAUUGGUCCUGCUUUGAGCAGGGGGUUGGACUAGAUGCCCUCCUGAGGUCCCUUCCAACCCUGAUAUUCUAUGAGGGGUAGAGGAGAGGAUAUUGGGUUGAUAGAGCAAAAUGAAUAUCUUAUGGAGGCAGUGAGUGUAAGGUCCAGAGAGGUGAGGUAGUGUCAAGGAGCAACAAAGCCCUUGCUGUAGUGUAAAAAAAAAAAAAAAAAAAAAAGGGGGGGGGGCAGGUAUUUGCAGAAGAAGAAAAGUCUGGGGG